CGGCGGAGAGAGCCAUCGGGAACCCAGACCCCAAGGAGCUCCCGGUUCUCGCCCGGCCUGGCCAGGCCCCGCGCUAUGGAGUUCCUCUGGGCCCCUCUCUUGGGUCUGUGCUGCAGUCUGGCCGCUGCUGACCGCCACACCGUCUUCUGGAACAGUUCAAACCCCAAGUUCCGGAAUGAAGACUACACAGUACACGUGCGGCUGAAUGACUACCUGGACAUCAUCUGUCCGCAUUACGAGGAUGACUCUGUGGCAGAGGCUGCCAUGGAGCGGUACACGCUGUACCUGGUGGAGCGUGAGCAGUACCAGCUGUGCCAGCCCCUGUCCAAGGACCAGGUCCGCUGGCAGUGCAACCAGCCCAGUGCCAGGCAUGGCCCGGAGAAGCUAUCUGAGAAGUUCCAGCGCUUCACACCCUUUACUCUGGGCAAGGAGUUCAAAGAGGGACACAGCUACUAUUACAUCUCCAAACCUAUCCACCACCAAGAAGACCGGUGCUUGAGAUUGAAGGUGACUGUUGAUGGCAAAAUCACUCACAGUCCUCAGGCCCAUGCCAAUCCCCAGGAAAAGAGACUUCCAGCAGAUGACUCGGAGGUGCAGGUUCUACAUAGCAUUGGUCACAGUGCCGCGCCCCGCCUCUUCCCAUUGGCCUGGGUUGUGCUGCUCCUGCCAUUCCUGCUGCUGCAAACCCCAUGAAGGUGUGAGCCACAUCUGGCCUAAGGAUUGGAACUGGACUGAGGAGGCAGGGGCAGGCACCCAGCACCUGCCUUGGGGCCCCUCCCAAAGCCCCAGUCCUGGGAACCACUCCCACCACAUGCACAAGCUGCCACCCAGCAGCCUCAAAACGGGUCAGUAUUAAGGGUUUCAACCCAAAGGAGGUUGGCAGGUCUGGCAGUGCCAUCCACACCUCCACCUCAGAGGGACGGACGAAGAAGUGGGGACAGUCCUUUUCCCACCAUUUCUGCCCUUAAGCCAAAGAAACAAGCUGUGCAGACAUGGCCUCUUAAGAAGGGCACUGUGGGAGCUGAGCUGGAAGGGGCCUGGGGUCAUGCGGAUGGACACCGAGCUUGGCAAA